AUGAGCUACUUCAAGCUUCCCUUGGGACUUUGUGGAGAUAUUGAGAGUCUCAUAAGAAAGUUUUGGUGGGACCAAAAAGGUGAUAGAAGGAAGGUGCAUUGGGUCAAGUGGGACACCCUUUGUAAACCAAAGUCAGAAGGAGGUAUGGGGUUCAAAGACUUGGCUAAUUUCAAUGAUGCCCUAUUAGCAAAACAAGCAUGGCAAUUACUUCACCAAAAAAACUCUCUUUUUUAUCGAGUUUUUAAGGUGAGGUUUUUUCCAAAUUGCUCUAUCCUAGAAGCUUCUUACUCAAGUUCGGGGUCUUAUGCAUGGCAUAGCAUAUUAAAAGGAAGAGAUUUAUUGUUGAAGGGUGCAUGGUGGAGACUGGGUUGUGGUGAUGCUAUUAGUGUGUGGAACAACGCUUGGCUGCCUUCUAAAACUCAUCCGAGAAUUGAAUCUCAAGUGGUAAAUGGGUUUGAGGAGAUGAAAGUUUCUGCACUCAUAGACCCAAUCACAAAGAAGUGGGAUUCCAAUAUGUUGAAUGGACUUUUCACCCCACAGGAAGCAGAGUUGAUUUUAAGUAUUCCAUUGUGUCCAAAUGCAGUGGAGGAUACUGUUGUGUGGCCUUUCACCCCAUCAGGAAUUUACACAGUGAGAUCGGGUACAAGGCAGACAAGGGUGUUUUCAUCCAUUCAAGAGGUGCUCAUGUACACGGACAAAGAAAAGAAAAAUCCAGAACUGUUGGCAUUAGUGAUGUGGACUAUUUGGCAUCGCAGAAACCGGGUUCGUACCUCUCUAAAGGAAUUCCCACUAGCACAGGUUGCACCAACAUCGAUUCAAGCAUUGGAAGUCUUUCAACAAGCUAAUUCAAAUGAUGCUACACACUUCAGAGACCCCCCUUAUUCGCAGGUUCAAUGGUCACCACCGGCAGAAGGGGAAAUCAAAGUUAACUUCGAUGGAGCUCAGUUUAGAGAUAUGGGCAAAGCAGGCUUGGGAGUUGUUAUCCGAAAUAGCAGAGGACAAGCUCUGGCUUCUCUAUCAGAGCAAGCAAGUCUUCCCUUCUCUCCGGACAUAACAGAAGCUUUGGUUGCUACUGGAACUAUUUCUUUUACACAGGGGCUGGGCUUCACUUCAUUCAUAUUAGAGGGAGACUCUGCAAAUAUUAUUAAAACACUAAAGUCCAAAGAGGCAUCUCUAUCCUCCUUUGGUCAUAUUCUCAGCUCAGCGAAAUCCAUGAUGGCAGAUGGCAAUAUUAGAUUCUCUCACGUUGGUCGAAUGGGUAAUAUGGUAGCACAUAACCUAGCUCAACAUGCUAGACAUGUUAGGGGUUUUUCAGUAUGGACGGAGAAUGUCCCUCCACACCUUUCUCAUGUACUCUGUGCCGAUUACGGCUGA